CCUUAAUAAAGAGUGGACAUGUUGAGGAUAUUAGAGUGCCAGUUCAAGAGUGAGAAUUGUGUGAGAGACAAGACUAUCUCAGAGACUGUGUGAGUUAGAUCACCUGCCAAUAUUAUUGUCUUUAAAUGGCCUUUGUUGUUGUGUAGCCUACAUGUUUGGGAAUUUGGGAAGAUGUCUUGCUACUAAUCUACUAAAAUAAUCUAUGAAUGAAAUCAAUUAAAAUGUGUAAACAAUAAAUAGCUAGGCUACCUUUUUUCAUAUUUUGAUUUGUUAAAUGCUGUUAGGCCUAGGCCUACAUGUAAAAAAAUAAAACAUUACACAUUUGAUGCAGUUCUUUCUGUGGGGAACAUUCAUAAAAUUCAUAUCUUGCGCAGAUGAUUAUGCUGGCUUAAUAUUUUAAACUAGCGCUGAGUUGCCUCUGUAAGGCUUUGAGGUUGGGCCAUGGGGAUGAGCACACCUACAGUACAGUAUGAACUUGGGUUGAUUGGUCAGACGGUGCCAUCGCAGUUUGACCGCGGAGUCGGACCAAACACUACAUGCUUUCAUUUCAGUUGUGUAACAGUUGUUAUCCAUCCGUGAUGUAAAAUGACUGAAAUUGAUGAAGAUUAUUGAUUAAUUUAAAACAAAUUGGCCAUUGUCAAAUAGUUUCGAAAUGGAGUUGUUUGCUACAUAUACUGAACCCGGGGAGUCGGUACGGAACACACUGACCUCAGAUCUCAGGACAGAAGAAAUCCUAAGAGAUGACCUAAAGUACUACUUCAUGAGCCCAUGUGAAAAAUACAGAGCCCGACGUCAAAAACCAUGGAAACUAGGUGUGCAAAUCUUGAAAAUCAUCAUGAUCACCACUCAGCUUGUCCUGUUUGGUUUGAACAACCAACUUGUAGUUUCAUAUAAAGAAGAGAAUCUGAAGGCUUUCAAGAGCCUGUUUCUAAAAGGCUACAGUGGAACAGAUGAAGAUGACUACUGUGUGUCAGUGUACUCUCAGGAGAGUGUCUAUGACAGCCUAUUUUAUACAAUGGAUCAGUUUGCCAGGUUACGUGAGCUGACGGUGGGCCCAGUGAGUUACGCAGAGCAGGAGAACGGAACCCUGGUGCCACUGACCAUCUGUAAGGAAUACUACAAGAAGGGCUACGUGCAGCCCUCGGAUGAGUACUAUGACAUCGAUUCCCAAACAGAAACAGUUUGCUUGAGUCUUGAUCCCCAACACAUGGACUCAUGGAAGAAAGACAAUGCAUCUUUUUUCAAUCUAGAUUUUUACAGGCUUAUUGACAUGGAGAUCUCCUUUCAACUAAAAGGAAUUAAUCUACAAACAGUUCGUUCUCGAGAGCUACCUGACUGCUACACUUUCAGUGGCACUAUAACCUUUGACAACAAGUGUCACAGUGGAAAGGUAAAAAUAUACCUGGAUAUUGAUGCUCAGAGCAAUGCAUGCAAAAACUGGAGGAUCUCAGGAACUGCUCAGAAGAACACCCACUACCUUCUGGUGUUUGAUGGCUUUGUUAUCGCUGUGUGUCUCAUGUCGGCUGUGCUCUGCACACGCUCCAUUGUCCUCGCAGUCAAGCUACUUCAGAGGUUCUCAAAUUUCAUUCUUGAGAAUUAUAACCGCUCUGUAUGUGACGAUGACAAGAAGGAGUUCUUGAAUGGCUGGUAUGUCUUGGUGAUCAUCAGUGACAUUCUGGCAAUAGUGGGCUCAAUACUGAAGAUGGAAAUUCAGUCAAAGAGUCUUACCAGCUAUGACGUGUGCAGCAUCUUCCUGGGGACGUCAACACUGAUGGUUUGGGUCGGCGUAAUCAGAUACUUGGGGUAUUUCCAGAAAUACAAUGUUCUCAUCCUCACCAUGAGAAUGGCCUUUCCCAAGGUGCUGCGCUUCUGCUGCUGUGCAGGGAUGAUCUACCUGGGCUACACGUUCUGCGGCUGGAUCGUGUUGGGGCCUUAUCACGAGAAGUUUGAGGGCCUGAGCCGGGUGGCAGAGUGUCUCUUCUCGCUGGUCAACGGAGACGACAUGUUCACCACCUUCGCCCAGUUUGAGGAGAAGUCGAUGCUGGUGUGGGUGUUCAGCCGCGUCUACCUCUACUCCUUCAUCUCCCUCUUCAUCUACAUGGUGCUCAGCCUCUUCAUCGCCCUCAUCACUGACGCCUACGAGACCAUCAAGAACUACCAGAAAAACGGUUUCCCCAUGACCGACCUGCAGAAGUUCCUCAGAGAGCAGAAGGAUUUCCCCCAUGCUGAGGAGGAGCAGCACGUCGUGAGCCAAACAGCCAGCCUCUCCAGCCUAUGCUGCUGUAGAAGCGCUCCAAAAGACGACAUGGAUAUUCUCAUCAGCUGACGUCCUGAGAAAACAUGUGGAGAAGAGAGGGAGGAAGGGAACUAGUGACACUGAACAUCAUGCUCAGCGUAAUGCUGCCUGGCUCGGGAACAUUGCGGGUAAAAUGAGACAAAACCCAGGUUAAUGCAUCCAGCGGAGCUCGGCCGACUGAGAUCACACCAAAUGGGUCACUAAUGUUUGGCUCACUAACGUCCAUCAGUCCAGUGUGGAUGCAUGCAUGAUGAGUGGGUCCAAUCAUUGCCCCAUUUGCACAGAGAUGAGGCCAAAGGUUUAUAUUGUUAAUGUAAUGAGAACGGCUGAAUUACCCAAUUGUGCAUUUCCUCAAUUGCAUGAAGAGUAAUAUUAUCCCAGCAGUUUAAGUUGUAAUGUGAGCCAGCACAAAGUGCUGUAGUCGGUAAUUGCUUCCUGGAAUUAUUUACCAAGUUUGUAUGUAAUAAAGUCACGUGACACUUCUAAAUUAUAACCAU